UAUAGGAACCACGUGAUUGGACGUCUAUCACCGUCCAUGGCAGCCAAUAAGUUCAGAAAAAUGAUUACCUAUUUAGCUCUUUUUGACAGCUUCUAUUGUUCCCUUGCAUUGGAAACAGCUUUAACGGUGAUGAACAACAAAAUAAAACCCAGUCGCAUUUAAAAUGAAGUUUAAAACUCAGAAACGCACUAUUUUCUUUGUUUUAUGAGAUGAGAUUUCAUGUUUCGCGAGUUGUUGUAAUAUGUUUGAUCGAAAGUUUGGCGUAAAAUAGCAUUCUGGGAACAUUGCUCGUUUUAUUUUGAAGGCGAACCCUGUCAAGUUCCUGCGUGGACACUCAAUCGAAUCCUGGGCGGCGAAAAAAUAGCAAAAGCGAUUAAUGUUUGCGUUGAAGCGAACGUGAAGGGAAUGGAGAAACCGUGGAGCUAACCGAGGGAGGAAGAGAGGAGACGGCAGCCGCCUGAGUGGACCUUUUUCCGGCGUAGAUUCGGACGCGUACCGUUGGUUUUGCCGCAACAGGGCCGCGCGUCAUGGCAGUCCUGCGACAGAGGAAGGGCAGCCGGGGGAAGGAGCCCCCCCAGCCCCCCGCUGCGGAUUCUCAGGCUCAGCAGCGCCACCAGGCCAACUGUUGCUCCCAGCAUCAUCACCACGAUGACCUCCUGCAAGGCGACUGGUCGUGGGGCUGGAUCGUGUGGACGUCGGUGGGCUGGUCGGUGUCGGUGGGCUUGGGCCUGCUGUGCUGCAUGUACAUGGCCACUCUGCACGAGAACGACCUGUGGUUCUCCAACAUCAAGGAAGUUGAACGUGAGAUCUCCUUCCGGACCGAGUGUGGACUCUACUACUCGUACUACAAGCAAAUGUUGAAAGCGCCAUCCAUACUUGAAGGAUUAUCGGAGUUGAUUCACGAUAACUUGACAGAGUCAAAGCGGACCAUCAACAUCCUGCAGAGGAUGAACAUCUACCAAGAGGUUUUCCUAAGCGUUCUUUACAGAGUGCUGCCCAUACAGCAAUACCUGGAACCUAUGUACUUCUACAUCUACAGCGUGUUCUCCCUUCAAGCGGUGUACGUGAUGGCGCUCUACCUGACGGCGUGGCUGCUGGCCGGCUCGUGGCUAGCCGGCGCGCUGGCCGCCGUCUGGUACAUCCUCAACAGGGUAGACACGACCCGCGUGGAGUUCACCAUUUCAUUGAGAGAGAACUGGUCUCUGCCUUUCUUGGCGCUGCAGGUGGCCGCCAUCACGUGCUACCUGAGGCCUCAGCUGGGCGCCUUGCAGCAGAAGCUGAUGGUGUGGCUGAUGUACGUGUGCGGCUUGUGCUUCUGCGUGACUUGGCAGUUCAACCAGUUCAUCUUUCUGGUCCAGGCCCUGGUGAUCUACACGCUGGACUGUGCCGACGUAUUCACCGCCUCACAGGCGACCACUUUGUAUUUGGUGCAAGUGAGCGCUCUGCUGAGCGUGUGGCUGCUGCAGUUCUUCAACAGCAUGAUCCUGGGCUCCUUGGUGCUCAGCUUCGUCACGGCGGCCCUCCUCGUGCGUCACUUCCACCCUUCUCUGAAGACAGGAAGUGUUGUGGUGCGAGUGUCCAAACUGAUUAUCCACAGCACGGCCGUCCUCCUGCUCACCCUCGCCUUCAACUUCCUGGCCAAGAAAGCGCUGCAGCUGCGAUCAGACGAGCACAUCUUUAAAUUCAUCAAGUCGAAGUUUGCCCGAGGGCCGACGAGGGAUUUUGACGCCAAUCUGUAUCUGUGCGAGGAAGCCUUCGGCUCGCUGCCAUUGGACACUCUGGAGCGUCUGUCCGCCACACUUCUGCUGGGCCCGUACUCCCUCACGCUGGCGUUGAUGGGCGGCGCCCUGGCUCUGGCGGCUCUGCGCAACCUCAGGUGGGCUGUCAGUCGGAUCAAACACGGCGAGCCUGAAGACCUUCGACCGAAAGGAGGCGCGACAGAGAAGAAGGCGAACAUUGCGCCGCCGCCGCCCUUUCGUCCGGACGUGGCGUACAACCUGCUGCAUACGUUUUUCUACGGCCUGCUAGCCUUCAGCACCAUGAGGAUGAAGUACAUCUGGACGGGCCACAUGUGCGCCGUGGCGGCGUAUGGCGUGUGCGGGAGGGACGUGUGGGCGAUGCUUCUUCACGCCCUACGGUGUAACACCAAAGUCAUGCUCAGAUUGGUCCGGUACGCCGCGCCCCUCGCCAUCACGGCCUUCCUCGUUUACAAGUUCUGGCCCAAAAUGGUGGAGGAGCUUUCUGACUUGAGGGAGUUCUACGAUCCAGACACUGUGGAGCUCAUGACCUGGAUUAGCACAAAGACCCCCGAGCGCGCCGUCGUCGCGGGAAGCAUGCAGCUGCUGGCCGGCAUCAAACUGUGCACGGGAAGAGUCAUCACCAACCACCCGCACUAUGAAGACAAGGACUUGAGAGACAGGACCAAACAGGUGUACCAGGUGUACGCCCGCCGCUCCCCGCAGGAGGUCCACGCCAUCCUGCAAAAGAUGGGCGCCGACUACGUGGUUCUGGAAAACUCCAUCUGUUACGAGCGCCGGCACCAGCGAGGGUGUCGACUGAGGGACCUGCUGGACCUGGCCAAUGGACACAUCAUGGAUGGCGAAGGCCCCAACGAUGCCGACCUGGUGGACGCCGCCCACCCGCGAUUCUGCGACGCCGUCAAAUCAGACUCACCCGAGUACACCGCCCUGUUCAAAAGAACCUUCCGGAAUAAAACGUUCCACGUUUACAGAGUCAAAAAGAAAGCCAAGAAGAAUGACAAGAAGUUAUGAGGUGACCGAGACGUUGACAGAUGACGCACAUGUGCAACUUUUUGUCAGAAUUGUUUUGGUUUUUUUUAAUUAAAAUUGUGAAAAUGCUAGCUAGUAAAACGCUAUCCAGCAGCUUGGUAGCGACUAGGGAUGAGACGAUACACUUACAACUCACGAUACAAUAUGGCAGGGUCACAAAACAAUACCAUAUCAACAAAAAGGUUAAAAAAAAAUAGAAUACUGUGUAAUUAAAACCAUAGACGUCAUAAUUUAUUGACGGGACACAGGGUGUGGGUUGCGGGGGGGCGGGGCUGAUUCAUAGAGGACCUAUUGAAAAAAAAAUAAAAAUCCAAUAUUUUCAAAAUCAAAGCUGCAACCGACCUAAAACCAAAACAGGCAUAUAUGAGUCAUUAGCAUUAUAUAGCAUUUAAGCUAGUGACUUUUGCUAAGCAAGUUAGCCAAUUGUUGUAAACAUUAGCAUUACCGUAUAUAGCAUUUAAGCUAGCGGACUUUUGCUGCGCAAGUUAACGAAUUAUUGUAAAUGGAAAAAAAUGGCACAUUGCAAAAAAUGCUACAUGGCAACAUCCAUUUUGCCACAUGGCAAAAAAAUGCCAAAUGGCACAAUCAAUUUUGCCACAUGGCAAAAAAAUGCCACAUGGCAAAAUUAAUUUUGACACGUGGCAAAAAAAUGCCACAUGGCAAAAUCAAUUUUGCCACAUGGCAAAAAAAAUGCCUCUUGGCAAAAAAAUGCCACAUGGCAAUAUCAAUUUUGCCACAUGGAAAAAAAUGCCACAUGGCAAAAUCAAUUUUGCCACAUGGAAUAAAAUGCCAAUUGUUGUAAACAUUAGUAUUACCGUAUAUAGCAUUUAAGCUAGCGGACUUUUGCUGCGCAAGUUAACGAAUUAUUGUAAAUGGAAAAAAAUGGCACAUUGCAAAAAAUGCUACAUGGCAACAUCCAGUUUGCCACAUGGCAAAAAAAUGCCAAAUGGCACAAUCAAUUUUGCCACAUGGCAAAAAAAUGCCACAUGGCAAAAUUAAUUUUGACACGUGGCAAAAAAAAUGCCACAUGUCAAAGUCAACUUUGCCACAUGGCAAAUAAAAUGCCACAUGGCAACGUCAAUUUUGCCACAUGGCAAAGUCAAUUUUGCCACAUGGCAAAAAAAUGCCACACGGCAAAAUUAAUUUUGACACGUGGUAAAAAAAUGCCACAUGGCAAAAUCAAUUUUGACAUGUGGCAAAAAAAUGCCAAAUGGCAAAAUCAAUUUUGCCACAUGGCAAAAAAAAUGCCUCUUGGCAAAAAAAUGCCACAUGGCAAAAUCAAUUUUGCCACAUGGAAAAAAAUGCCACAUGGCAAAGUCAACUUUGCCACAUGGCAAAUAAAAUGCCACAUGGCAAAAAAAAAUGCCACAUGGCAAAAUUAAUUUUGCCACAUGGCAAAAAAAAAAAAUGCCACAUGGCAACGUCAAUUUUGCCACAUGGUAAAAUCAAUUUUGACACAUGGCAAAAAAUGCUGCAUGGCAAAGUCAAUUUUGACACAUGGCAAAAAAAAUGCCACAUGGCAAAAUUAAUUUUGACACGUGGCAAAAAAAAUACCACAUGGCAAAAUCAAUUUUGACACGUGGCAAAAAAAUGCCACAUGGCAAAGUCAACUUUGCCACAUGGCAAAAAAAAAAUGCCACAUGGCAAAAUUAAUUUUGCCACAUGGCAAAAAAAAAAAAUGCCACAUGGCAACGUCAAUUUUGCCACAUGGCAAAAUCAAUUUUGACACAUGGCAAAAAAACGCUGCAUGGCAAAGUCAAUUUUGCCACAUGGCAAAAAAAUGCCACAUGGCAAAAUUCAUUUUGCCACAUGGCAAAAAAUGCUGCAUGGCAAAGUCAAUUUUGCCACAUGGAAAGAAUGCCACAUGGCAAAAAAUUGCUACACGGCAAAAUCAAUUUUGCCACAUGCAGCUAAAUUUUGCCAUUGUAUUCACGUUUCAAAAUGCAUGCAUGGUGCGGAAAAUAAAACAAUUACCUUGAAUCCUCGACCAAAUCACUCUUGAGACAGCCGUGCCUGCUUGUAGGCUUAAGUUUCGUCCUGUUUCAACCUAAAACCUAAAAAAAACCUAAAGUGUGUCAGAUAACUUCUCUCUCUGCGAGGGACCCGAAGGCUUGGCGCAGGGUAUGGGGGAAGUAUCACGUCAAUAUAUUCUGAAGUCUAUGUUAAAACUUAAUUUUUGUUUCAGUUGCACAUGCAAACGCAGUACAAACUACAGUAUAAAAUGGCCGCAAGACACCUGUCAUUUCGCAUUUUGUGGAUUUCUGGCUGUGAAAGAAUCUUAUCUAAAGCUAGUGAAGUAAAAAAAGAAACCGUUUCAAGACAAAAAACUGGGAGAGCCAUUAUUUCUAAAUAAAAAUGAAUCACUAAUGAACCUGAUAGCACUUGUAUUUUGUUCAUAUUGUAACACAAGCACAUUCCUACCAUUUUCUGAAAGAAAUAUCAAUAGAAUUCUCUACACUGUUGGAGUCUUGAGCUUCAAGACCACUUGAGAGCAAAUGAAGCACCACGAAGCUUUGAAGCAAUUGUCUGCAGGCGCUAGCAGGUGAGCGCCACGGGGCGACGCGGGAUCGGAGCCCCGACCCCCUGCCGGCAGCCCAGGCAGAGAGGAGACCACGACCCGGGA